UGCCUGCGUGCCUGCAAGCGCGACCUGCCCGUCUUCCAGCUGCGCUACCCGCCCGCGCAGACGCUGCGCGACUUCCAGCGCCGCCAGCCCUACCAGUACCUGCACUAUGCGCUCUUCAAGUGCAACAAGCUGGAGAAGGCGGUGGCGGCGGCGCACACCUUCCUGCAGAAGAACCCCACGCACGAGAUGACGCUCAGGUACCUGCACUACUACCGCACCAUGGUGGACGUGGACGAGCACCUCGUGGACCUGGAGGCGCAGCCCUACGAGAGGGCGAUGCUGGAGUUUGCCCAGCAGCACCUGCAGGCUGAUGAUGAGAUGGAGGUGGAUGGUGACGAGGAGCCGGACACGCGGGAUCUGCCCUCGGACGGCGAGUUCGAGGGCGAAGGCGACUACGAGGAGGGCUUUGUGGCGGAGUGGUGGCAGGAGCCCCGGACCAAGGGGGACAAGGAUGAGGAAGGAAUAACGUCCUUCUGCUAA